GAUUCAGCUGAUUUUGCGGAUUAAUACGUUUAUUUUUCGCAUCACGCCAGCCAAACGGCUGCAGAAAAAUCAUUCUGUAUGAGGGAGAGGCGUAUGCGCCUUUUUGGAGUUUCAAAAGGUUCCCAUUCACCGUGGAUAUUUACUGUGGGACCAUUGGACUUACGAGGAACACACGGAGGUCAGAGAUACGCGAGCUCGAGACCGCUGAUAAACAGCCCGCCAAUGGACAGUUAAUGCUGAUGAUGCCUCUCAGCUGUUCUCUAACUAAAGAACUGUCAGUCACACCUUUCAGUGACAGGAGAGGACAAAUUUGGAAACGUCCAAUGUCACACUUAAACAAUCUCGGCAAAUAAACCAUCUGGCCAGAGAACACAGUCUUCAUCAAAAAUCACAGGACCGUAAGGAAAAGAUUAGAUGGAAGUCUUCUUGUGAUAAGUGCCUCGUGGACAGAGACUGAGUCACCCAUAAUAUUCAUAGGUUCUCUGAUGUUUCCUACGUUUUGAGUGGCUGCCAUUUCCAGAGGAGGGUUUAAAGAGCCCAACCAUCCUUAACUGCUCACCAGGCUAGAAACUGACAAGAAAAAUAUUUGUUUAUCUCAGACACUUUACAAAGAGCCCAUGAACACCACAACAAACACAUCAGACUGCCCAGAGUUGAGCGUUCCUCUCUAUGUCUUCUUCACCAUCGGGUUAUUCAGUCUGAUGGAGAAUCUCUUAGUUGUGGUGGCCGUCAUAUAUAACAGAAACCUCCACUCUCCCAUGUACUUCUUCAUGUGUAGCCUGGCAGGCUUCAACACCAUAGCCAGCAUCACCAAGACCUGUGAGAACAUCCUACUUGUAUUUGCGGAUGUGGGACAUCUGGAGAAAGAAGGUUCCUCUGAGACCAAGCUUGAUGAUGUGAUAGACUCGUUGCUCUGUAUGUCCUUUGUGGGUUCAAUUUUCAGCUUCCUGGCCAUUGCUGUGGACCGAUUCGUCUCUAUAUUCCAUGCGCUUAGAUACCACAACAUCAUGACUAUACGGCGCACAGGGACCAGUUUAGGCAUCAUCUGGACAACAUGUGUGGUUUCAGCCAUAUUCCUAGUCAACUUCUUUCACUUCAAGUUCAUCAUGAUCUGCUUUGUUGCCCUUUUUAUCAUCGCCUUUGUCACCACCUGCUUCCUCUAUGCUCACAUAUUCAUGUUGGCACGUAUCCAUGCUAAAAAAAUUGGUACUCUUAACUCAGGUGGCGCAGAAAAAUCUCAUCAGAGGUCAUUGGGUAGCAGUAUGAGAGGAGCCCUAACACUCACUACCCUAUUUGGGACGUUUGUUGUGUGUUGGGUACCUUUUAUCCUCCAUCUUGUCAUCUUGACAGUGUGCCCGAAGAACCCCUAUUGCGAAUGUUUCAGAUCACUCUUCCAGCUCCAUGUAAUUCUGCUUAUGAGCCACGCCCUUAUCGAUCCCGCUAUCUAUGCCUUUCGCAGCACUGAGCUGAGGCACACGUUCAGGAAAAUGUUUCUUUGUUUUAAAGAGAUGUAGCCACAGAUGAUCCACAAAUGUGUUUUAUUUUAAUUACUAGAGGAAAAAUAACAUGUUUUCAGUACUGAAUUAAAGAUACAAUGACAAGGAUAGGUAGAACAGGUUCUACAGUACAGUUAGAUCUUAUUGACAUGUUUUCUGUCCAUAAUACAUAUUCUCACACUUCAACAAUAAUUUCUUUCAUGAGCAUUCAGGGUUCUCAACUUAUGAAAAUUGUUUAGAGUGAGACUAUGAGUGUUGUUACUGUGUGUGUGGGUUUUCACAGUGUUUGUACAAUAAAGGAGAUAAUACCUUUUCUCGUAGGCACCAUCUAACUGUUUAGAUUAACACGCUUAAUAUAAUCAAUCAGGGAAUAUAAUCGUUUCUCGUAUUUACUGUUCGACUGUUUGUAUUACUAUAACACACCCAAUAUAGAAUAAAUAGCAUUUAUACCAUAGUUUAAGGAAAACAGGCAGAAUAUAGGGCAUAAAAGAUACACGACGCCCUCUUAUCACGGAAGCCCAACGUGUGCGUCAUGAGCAAGAUUGACGCACCAACUCUUGCAAUCAGUUCUCCCGGACACUCCAGAACAAAUGACGGGACAGUCUGUCCCAACACAAGGAGCACCGGAGAACGCCCGAUAUCCAACUGAUAACACGAUUGACAAGACUCCAAGAGCCCCUUUGACGCUAAGGUGGAAAAAUCCACAACCCUCAUUGCCCGGACAACAGUAAUUCCUGAAUCCUCCUGUCCAAUCCACAAAUAGACAAUAAUCCCAAACACAACCUUCUCCCUGCCCAUGGCACACCCCGCGAGAGCCUUCAAAAGACUGAAUGUUCACCUAAGCGUUGUCAUUUUUUCUCGGGAACCUUUUGUUGACUUCUGAUAU